AUAUUCCCCAUAAUCACUCAGUAUCUCUGUCAUCCAUGUGUGUACUGAAAUGUGAUUCCUCCUGUCCACUAGGGUGCGCUCCAUCAUCAUCCAGCAGGAGAAAGCUCAGGACAGAGAGAAACUGCUGCUCAAAUUCAUCAAAAUCAUGAAGCACUUGCGGAAACUGAAUAACUUCAACUCUUAUUUGGCGAUUCUCUCUGCGUUGGACUCUGCACCAAUCAGACGACUGGAAUGGCAGAAACAGACGUCUGAGGGUUUGGAGGAGUACUGCACCUUGAUUGACAGCUCAUCGUCCUUCAGAGCGUACAGAGCGGCGCUAGCAGACGUGGAGCCUCCAUGCAUACCAUACCUGGGUUUGAUCCUACAGGACUUGACUUUCGUUCACCUCGGAAACCCGGAUUUUAUUGACGGUAAAGUGAAUUUCUCCAAGCGCUGGCAGCAGUUCAACAUUCUGGACAGCAUGAGACGCUUCCAGCAAGUACACUACGAACUGAAACGGAACGAAGACAUCGUCUCGUUCUUCAACGACUUUAGCGAUCACUUGGCAGAGGAGGCGUUAUGGGAGCUCUCGCUCAAGAUCAAACCACGAAACAUCUCGCGGCGCAGGACGGAGCGCGAGGAGAAGACCUAGAACCUGAAAUCUAGAACCUCAGAGACAAUUUACGGUGAGACCUGAACCUCCUGCAGAACCUUGGGAACCCACACUAGAGUUCUUAAUCCGGUUCUGGAGCUGAAAUGGGCUGAACCGACACACGCAAGCUCCUAUUUGCACCAAUAAAUUGAGACAUGGGCAGUAUUUUUCCCUGACUGUUGACUUUAAAAACUCACGAGGAGAAUCCUGAUUCAGUAUAGAUAUACAGAUAUGCACUCGCGCGCGCGCAGAGGACCCCAACGCUGUGAUAUAAAGCUAAAUCCUCACAACUUUCUAUGUUUGCGUGUGUUGAUGUGUGGCUGUACAGAAAGACACACUCUAAGAGGGCUUGGUUGAUUUGCUAUUAAUACACUGUGCCUGAUGGAGUGAGUUUGUGUCUGUUUGUCCCGCUCGGAUGUACUGAUUCAACCUACGAUUCGCCGUUUGGACAUGAGUCGCUUGGGAAACGGGCAGAUGUGUGCAAUCUUAUAUGCGUUUUAUAAGGAAUAUUCACUGAUCUGUUGAAAUGAAUAUGUUUUGACAGACACGGUGAGUAAUAGACUAUAUGGAAUAUAUUAAUUUGGAAAUUAAAGAAUGAACUGGACGUUUGGACUCAUUUUUCACAUAAUUUUGCUAUAUUGUUUUGUGUGUGAUCAUGUGCACUCCUCAUUAUAACGGUUUACCCCGUCACAUGGCUGACAGCCCCUCGAAUUCCAAAUAAAUUAUCAAGAACGUGCUUUUUUUACCUUAAAAAAAGAAAAAUUUACAUUGUGACAUUAUUUUCAUGACUAUUUCUUUUCAUGCACAUUUCUUUCCCAAUUCUCAGUAGCUUGCAAAAUGCAUAAAAAAUAUUAUUACAUUAAAAAAAUUCAAAAAUACAUGAAUAUAAAAAUGUAAAUGUUAAUUUAAAAUCAAUUUUAUGAGUAAAAUCAAUACUCAUUAAAAAAUAAUGUGCAUUUGUAAAGUACAAACAUAAUGGUAGUGUUUGUUGUACUGUGAAUUAAAUUAAUCCUAAUUUGAAGGGGAAAAAUGGCUCACAUUCAUAAAACAAAUACAUAAAUUUAAAAAAAAAUUAAAUUGUCCAUAAAGCCUUUAUGCAAUUUUUCACAAGUUUACGUAAAAAUGGUUUAUGAAAGAUUUAAACAGAAAAUCAUUAAAUUAUUCAAUGCAUAAAAAAGCUUUACAAAUGACAAAGAAAAUUUUCAUGCUUUAUGAAUAAGACUGGAGCUAUAUUAAUUGUCAUGAAUAGUGUCAUAAUGCAAAAAAAAAAAAAAAAAAAAAAAAAACUGAAUGGCUUUUUUUCUUCAUCGAAAUCUAAUUUAUAUAUAUUUUUUAAUCUUUUGUUUAUUGCAAAAAAAAUGACCUUAAUGUUUACCGAAGCAGACGGUGAUGUCACAGAGAGGGGCGGGGCUCAGUUUGACAGCGUGCUUGUGGAUGUUUUAAUUUUUUUUGGGAUGUGUAUGAUAUGUUCUGUAUAAAUGUACAUGUACAGUUGUGAUGUAUGAUCUCCCAUCAUGUAGAGAGGGCAGAGGAAAUAUAUUGUGAGGACUGAAUAUGCUGUGAUCUCUGAGCAUCAGAGAGUAUGUGUGUGUGUGUGUGUGUGUGUGAGAAUAUGUUUUUUUCUAUAGAAUGUUAUUAUUCACAUAUGGGAGAAGGGAAGCUGAAGCCACUUUCUUCAGUGUGUGUGUGGCGUCUGUGAUGUUUACCGACUUCUGGGAAUUUUUUCCUGUUAUUAUAACAUCCUGUAUAUUCAACCACCAAUAAAACUGCUCUUUGUA